AAUAUUUACACUGUUAUUAAUUGAUCUCUUUGGCAUAUUAUGUCUCGACAAUGAAAAGUAUCCAUUUGCAACUUCUUGUGUGACUAAAGAGGCCAAUCCUUGAUACACAGCUGCGGUCACAGGUUGGGCAUAUGUAAUCACCAGGCGCCGUUGCAUUUAUUUGAUAUACACCGAAAAUAAAGGCCUAAUCACUUAGUUUGAAUUUACAAAACAUUACAAUCAAACUUCCAGUCUUCAUGGACGUAGCGCAUAUAAUGUUAAUACGUCACAAUGCAUAGUUUAUUACGUAAUAACUUUUGGUUAAUAUGUCAAAAUGUAUUGUUUGUAAGUGUCACAGAUUACAUUAUAGAAUUGUUUGUACAUUUCACUUUUGAAAGUAAUAUAAGCCCUCGACAUGAGUCUCGGGAUUUAAUCCUCAAAUUUAGACACUUGACAUUCAAAUCAGGAUUUACCCAAGGGACUUAAUUAGUAAGUUUGAAAUCUAUUGGUUGAUUUGAAUUUAAACAAAGACAUUUUUGAAAAGGGUUAGCGCCAGAGAAUUGGCGGUAGUAAGAAAGAAAAGUCAGUCGAUAAUAUUAAGUCCUUGUAGCUAGUCACGUUUCUAAGAGCUCUGUUUGAAAAGCCUUUGUAAUAUGUUCCAUGCUCAUUGAUUUGUAAUUUGUACAUAAAUUGUACUUACGUUGUAUUUAAUAAAGUUCCAGAGUUUUGUUUUAUCAAAGCAUCAUUAAUUUGUGAGUCUAGAUCGUCAGUUUUGUUAACUAUUGAAUUCAAAUAAAAUCCUCGGCAUCACAACACAUCGUGACGUCAUACCAUCCGAAUGUUGUUGUGACAUAUUUGGCACUCUCCGACUAACAAAAGUUCAUGGACAACUUUUAACGAAAUUUAUUCAAGAUCUAGAUCUGGGACCAAUUUCUAAAACUCUUCAAAGGAACUUCAUUCUUAUUUAACGGAGGACAGAAUUUCUGUGUUUAACAGGUCAGUUGGUUAUCGAUAAUUCUUUUAUAAAGAUUUUCGUUAGAGUUACGUCUAACUCACGAAAACUAUUAUUAUAUGUAAUUGGCAAAAGGAAUAAGACCAAUAUACAUAAUAACUGGCAUUAUUAAAAGACCAGUAAGUCAAAUAACUGGCAUUAUUAAAAGACCAGUAAGUCAAAUAACUGGCAUUAUAAAAAAGACCAGUAAAGUAAAUAACUGGCAAUAUAAAAGACCAGUAAAGCAAAUAACUGGCAGUAUAAAAAAGACCAGUAAAUCAAAUAACUGGCGUUAUAAAGAAGACCAGAUUUAACCAACUGUUAAACCAGUAAAAAGUACAUCGGCUCAAUAGAUCUAUAUUAUUAUUAUAUCUGAGAUAAAGCCAAAAUCCAGAUAUUGAACAUUUUGCUCCAAUACAAGAAACUAACAAAAAAAUUAAAUAUGGCUUCCAGUUCUAGAACACAACGAUUCUUCGAAUUAAUAGAAUUUGCCAAAGAAAAGCAAAUUUCAAAGCCAGACCAGUGGGCAGAGAAACAAGAAGAAAAAGAAUAUCAAGAGCAAGAAUCUGAAAAACGCAUACAAUUAGAAGAAAAAAAAUUACAAGAAUCUGAAAAACGCAUGCAAUUAGAAGAAAAAAAAUUGCAAGACGCCGAAAAACAAAGGCAAGAAUCUGAAAAACAAAGGCAAGACGCCGAAAAGCAAAGACAACAUGAAAAAGAAAAAAUGGAAUUCGAAAGGCAAAAUAAAGAAAGCAUUUCAAUUCAAGGUCACUCAAGUAUGUUUGACAAAUACAGAUUAAUGAACAAAAUAUCGGCAUUCAACGAAAACAUUGACAAUAUGGACUCGUAUCUCAUAAGAUUUGAAGAAAUAGCUACAACAUCCGGUCUACCUGAAGCACAUUGGUCGAGCUCACUCCUCACCCUUUUGACUGGCAAAGCUGUCAACAUUUGCUCACAACUGUCAAUCAAUGAACGCAGCACUUACUCUGAUAUCAAGGAAGCUCUACUGCGCCAAUACGGAGCAACUUCAGCCAACUAUAGAAAGAAAUUCUAUAAUGAAAGGCCACAGCAAAAUGAUGAUCCGCAAAUUUUUGUAGCUAAUAUGUCAAUGUGGUUUGAUAGAUGGGUAUCCAUGGCAAAAAUAGAAGAAAGUUACCAAGCUCUUCGUCAACAUAUUAUUAUCGACAACAUCACCCAUGCUCACUCAGAAGAUAUUCAAUCUUACAUUAUAGAGAGAAAUCCUACUGAUAUACAGACAUUAACCAAGAUCAUCAGACAAUAUAGAGCAGCCUAUCCAAACAAGUCAGUCAAACCAUCUGUUGAAGAAAAUUUUGUCUGCUUUGCUCAAGACAAAAAUGCAAGAUAUAAGUCAGAUGACAAAGUCAAAUGCAACAAAUGUCAUAAACUAGGGCAUUUCACGUCUCAAUGCCGCAGCAGAACCACAGAAUGUUCAUUUUGCCAUAAAAAGGGUCACCAAAAUCAUGAAUGUUGGAAAAAACAGGCAGUCUCAAAAAAUCAAAAUUUUGAUACACCCACAUCACCAACUCAAAGAUACAGCAAUAGAGAGCAAUACAAUCUCAACAAAGCACCUGGAAACAAUAAACCAGAUAACAACAAACCUCGCUACAGAAGUCAUUCACAGGACUCCAGACCACAAUAUAUGCCAAACAGAAGCUCAUAUAACAGAAGCUAUUACAAUGAGCACUCAACUAUGACAGUCAUUGCAAAGUCCAAUGGUCUCAAAUUUUAUCCAGGCUUUGUAGGAGACAAGAAGGUGGAAGUGCUUCGUGACACAGGAAGCACGUCCACAUUAGUACAUGAACGCUUCGUACACGCAAACCGUUUCACAGGCAACCACGUCCAAGUCACUGCAUUCAACGGAACUGUCAGCAAGUUACCUGAAGCCAUCAUUUAUGUUACUACACCAUUCUUCAGUGGUCAAACAAAAGCAUUAGUAACACCCAAUCUACCAGUGGACCUAAUCAUUGGAAACAUAGAAGGAGUUAAAGAAUGCACUCCUCAAGAACUUACUGAAUGUACAAAUGCCAUAGAGCAAGGUCAAAAAUGUUUGGCAGUAAUGACAAGAUCCAUGUCCAGACAACAAGAACAUUUGGCACCUGAACAAGUUAGCCAAAAUAAUCACAUGGCUACCUCAGUUACUCAAGUUGUGCAGAAUGCAACAGAACCAGUUACUAGUCCAGUAGCCAGCAACAAUCAAGAACAUUCAACAUGGACACCCCCAGUUACAUCAAGCCCAUCCCUACCGGUCAUAAGUCCACCACCAAUUCCCGAAUGUCCAUUGUUGAACUUUGAAGAACAAGACGACAUGCCCAGAGUCUCUAGCAAUGAUACAAGAACUCUAACUGGUCAAACUGAAGUCAAUCAAGACAAGUCUCAUGAACCAGAGGCAGAUAACAAAGAAAUUUUUAUGCAAUCUGACUCUAUCACUCAUACAAGUAUUCCUCAUUUGAAAGAAUAUGAGUCAACUAAAGAAGCCAUUACAACCAAGAACAUUGGAAGUCAAAGAAUAUUACAUGAACACAUGAAAUCAAGAUAUUUUGCUCAAGGAGAUCAAGUCAAUUUACUGUUACCAGAUUGGAGUAACAAGCUAUUCUACAAAUGGCAAGGUCCAUUUACUAUCACCAGAAGGAUUUCCAACCUGCUUUAUGAAAUCAAUGUCAACAAGUUUACCAGAGUAUCUCAUGUUCAUAUGUUUGAACAUUACCAUGAAACAGAUAAUGAAGACAUCAAAGCAGAAGUUGAACAUUUUACAAGCUUAGCAACUAUUCCUGAGGAAGAAGAAACAUCAUCAACACCCAUUCCUGAGAUAGAUGUUUCAUUACCGACAUCAAAUAACAUUGACAUUCCCAAGGUCAUCACUCUGGAUGACAUAACACUACAAACAGUGAAAGACACUAAAGUGUUUCCAGACCAUGCAGAUUUCUUUACCAGUGUUUCUGAGACAUUUCCAGUACUGCAAUUUGAAAGAAACUCAGAAAGCAAUAACAUUGACAACACCAAGUUUCAUCCUCCUUCUACUCAAGGGGCAACUUUUCUUCAGAAAGGAACAAAUGAACUUCUUCAACAUUGCUGUAUUGACCGAUUGAACUCAGACAUGUUCAGUCAUUGCUCUAUUGAACAUUUUAAUGCAAAGCAUUCUGCUACCAUUGUUCUACAGCGUCAAAGUUCAUCAACCAGAAAAUUGAGUUUUGGUUUCGGACAGUUCUUAUUUUCACCAAACUCAAACGCGGUUCAAUCAGACAUUAUCUGUGAGAUCAUUAUGACAUGGAGUCAACAGCUUCAUAAACUGAAAGACCUUUUCUUCAAGUUUAGAAAAAACGUACACACAUCCAUGACAGCAAUUCAGAAGGGUUCUAAACUUCACACUUACAUUUUAUAUAUGUACUAUACCAUAUUUAGUGUCACUUGAUCCAUUAUCAUUCAUACUCGUCAAGGAAGAACAUUAUCCAGUUAUAUUUAAUUAAUAAAUUAAUUUGUUUACUCACUUUUUCCACAGGAGUUCUAUAUCAGAUGUUAUAUUUAUUUCAGCACCAAGCAACCCACUGAGGAAAGUCACUCAUUCAAGAUACUUUGUUUAUUAUGUUUCAGCAUCUUUGCAUAUGACAUGCAUCAGACAUUUUAAUUUUUAAAUCAUGUGCAUUUUAUUUCAGGUCAAAUAUUAUUGCAUAUAUCCUAUUUUAAUAGUACAGAUACAUGACAGACAAUUGGAAUUUUUCAUUGCUUCACACAUGUUGAGAUUUAUAUCACAUUGAGUACUAUUUUCUCAGAAGAUUGUCAUGUAUUAUCACAAUUAUUUUUUCUAUUAUUUUUUCUAUGUCAAUUUUUCAUAUGCAAUAUAUUUUUCCAUGUACACAUUUUCACAUUAGUACUAACCAAAUGAGUUAUAAUGUCAUAUUUUAAUAUUAUCAUGAAGCACCAUGAAGAGAAGUAACCUAUUCAAUUCAAGAUUUAAUUUAUCCAAGUAUUAUGCCUUGUACAAUUUUUGAUAUUGUUCAUGACAAGCAUUGUCUCAUUUUCAUAACCAUUUCAAUAGUGAGACAGGUGUUCAAAGUCAUCAAUAAUUUUAUUCUCUGCAUUUACAUUUUUUUAUUAUUGUUGUUAUCUCCAAGUUGACUUUAUUUUGUCAUAUGUUACCUCAACCAUUUUUCUAUAAUUUCAUGUAUGGUAUUUUGUGUAUAUUUAAAUAUUUUUAAUACAUAUGAGCAUUUCUAUUACCAUACAAAUGCUAAAUGGAGGGGGGGGGUAAUAUGUCACAGAUUACAUUAUAGAAUUGUUUGUACAUUUCACUUUUGAAAGUAAUAUAAGCCCUCGACAUGAGUCUCGGGAUUUAAUCCUCAAAUUUAGACACUUGACAUUCAAAUCAGGAUUUACCCAAGGGACUUAAUUAGUAAGUUUGAAAUCUAUUGGUUGAUUUGAAUUUAAACAAAGACAUUUUUGAAAAGGGUUAGCGCCAGAGAAUUGGCGGUAGUAAGAAAGAAAAGUCAGUCGAUAAUAUUAAGUCCUUGUAGCUAGUCACGUUUCUAAGAGCUCUGUUUGAAAAGCCUUUGUAAUAUGUUCCAUGCUCAUUGAUUUGUAAUUUGUACAUAAAUUGUACUUACGUUGUAUUUAAUAAAGUUCCAGAGUUUUGUUUUAUCAAAGCAUCAUUAAUUUGUGAGUCUAGAUCGUCAGUUUUGUUAACUAUUGAAUUCAAAUAAAAUC